AGCACAGAGGGCAAAUAAAUUACACUUUUAGGUAAACAUGCUUGCUUUGUGUUGUGUUGUGUUGUUUUCAAGCUGGAGAUUGACAACCUGUCAAACACGUGAUAAGGUUGAAGAGAACAGGGUGAAGUGUUCAACAGCUAGUCUUUUUACUCAAUGUAAACAUCAAGCCAUCUGUUCUAGGUACACAGACGACCUGCUCACAGUGUGCCAGCUUCUGAAGAGCCUGAACAUCCCUACUCCCUCCGCUACUGAGGACAUUAACUUUGGAGCAGCUAGAACCGUCUCCUUUUCUACUCAGACCCUCCCUCUGACAUCUACUGAGUUCUUUAAUAAGGAUAAGAGCAGCCAGACGACAGCUAGUCCUAAAUACGAAUACAGUGCGUUCACUAAAGCGCUGGACGUCGGCCGGAAUACCGGCCGGAAUACAGAUACCUUCAGCAACGAGGUAGUGAUAAACGAUGGUAACAGAGACGUGGAUAUAAUCCCUGGACUGAGGGUAGCUGCCAUUAUAACUGAUCCCCCGGUUAAUAUUACGGUUCCUCCUGGCUCAACUGCAAUGUUCAGCUGUAAGUCACAAGGAGCCCCGGCCCCCCUGACUACAAUAACACUGCGAUCAGACGGAGUGAACAGAGCGGUUCCAGAGAUGAUCGGAGGAGAGAGAGUUACUGUGGUAUCAGUAAUACAAGAGUUUGAAGAGGUCAACCAACAAAACGAAGGAUGGUACAGGUGUCUUGCUUCUAACGCGUGGGGUGAUGACUUCCAGGACGCUUACCUCAGAGUCCUGGAUCUGUGUAAAGAUGUGAACUGUGGAGCUGGUCAGACUUGUCAAGCUGACUAUGUUACUGGUACGACGGAGUGCGUGUGUCCGGAGUGCCAAAAUACUGAAUACAGUCCGGUGUGCGGAUCAGAUUGUAGGAGCUUCUACAAUCCCUGUCACGUGACACAAGAAAACUGCAGGGAGGGAACUAAUGUCACUGUGGUUUCUUAUGAUGGUUUCUGCCCGAGGACGGCGAGGCCCAGUCUUCAAGUCAACGCGGGAAGUCAACUAUUUUACUCAGUAGGAGAGACUCUGAGACUGACUUGUUCAGUGUCAGAGUCCGCUGUUCCUACUCCUGAGCUGUACUGGACCAGGACUUCUGAAGACGGUACUGUUGCUAGGGUGUCCUCGAGGUCCGUACUCCGUGUCACCUCGCUCAGCUCACGUGACAAAGGGAGAUACAGGUGUGAAGCUAGACAGUGUGAGAGAGAGUACCGGAGUCAGGAAGUGGUAGUGGAAGUGGAGGAGGAGGUCACACCUACUCCCACAUUCCGGCCUGAUAACCUGGAGUCUAGGAAACGGGUGUGUACAGUAUUUGGAGACCCCCACCUCAUCACAUUUGAUGGGUUUACGUACGACUUCAUGGGAGAGUGCACUUAUGUUCUCGCUAUGGACUGUCAGUUUGCUGGGUGGUUGGUCUACGGUAAAAUGGAUAAAUGUUCUGCAACUAGUGCUCGUGGUUCCUGCCUGAGUUCGAUAACAUUAUUCUCGGGCGGAUCAGCAGUGGAGCUACAGCGAGGCUGGGUAAUCAACCUCGGAGGAGAGAAGAUGAACAUCACUCUCGAUCAGACUGUUAGGAACGGGCCCAUGACCAUCUCAUUUGAUGGAAGAAAUCUGAGGGUCAAACUUGAUGCUUCAAAUGUUGAGGUGGUUUGGGACGGUUUAGUUUCAGUUCACAUCUUGGCUCCUGCUGAGGCUACUACGUGUGGGCUGUGCGGUAAUAACGACCUGGAACCAGAUAACGAUCUACUGGGAAGAAGAGGAGUGACGGGUGAUGAAGUGGUGGUUGGGGAUAGUUGGGCCGUAGACAGAUCCAACAAAUGUGAGAAGAACAUCCCAAAUGUCAACAAAAAGUGCUCUUUCAGCAGCAGGAAACAAGCUAAACAGAGAUGCCAGAAAGCGUUCCGAGCAGCAGGACUAGAAGAGUGCGGAGUAGAAAAGGAGCCGUUUAUUGAGGGCUGUGUGGUGGACGUGUGUGCUCAGAUAUGGUUAACUGACAAACUCUCCCCUCAGUGUAUUGCUGUGGGAACCUACGUUCAGAGAUGUGAUAUCGAGGGUGUAAAGAUCUACAACUGGGAGGAUAGUAUUGGAUGCCCUAGACUCUACCAGAAGCAAGACAUUACUCUGGAUGAGGGCUGCCCACAAAAUAUUGAACAGCUUCUACGGCGCAAAAAAUUGACCUCGUAAAGAUUCAAUUCAAGGAAAUUUUAAACAACUGAUGUUUGAAAAAGAAAAUGUUUCCAUUUUAGAAUAAAAAGUGCAACUUCAAUCUGCGUGUAUGAUUACACAGGAUUACACAGGAUCUUACAAGCAGACUUUUAUAGUAAAUUAUUUAUUUCAGAAGAUUUAUCAUUUUAUUAGAAUCAGAUUUGGGGUUUGGGUGUUGAUACAAUGACUUAAUGUAAAUCGUUGUCAAAUUUCUAAAUAAAGCAGAAACAUCUAUAUGCAUCCGACAAAUGAGCAAAACAUUCUCUGUUUUGACUGAAUUUUUCUUGAAUGACCACCAUACAAGGUCACUGAGGAUGGUACAAGAC